AUGUUGAGGGUUAAAGGACCUAGCUUUCUUCCCUUCACGAACAAGACUACGCCAAAACCCAAAACAAACUUCCUAAUCCGAAGUUUUAAGAGAUUAUUAUCCACAAUUAAACAGCAACAAGAAGUUAAAGAAAAGGCAAAGCACUUGUUCUCUCUUUUACUCAAAAACCCAACAAUUUGCCGAUCCACGCAGCAGCUACACUCGCACCUACUCAUCAAUGGAUUAUUAAGCCAUUCGAUGCUUCUCUUUAACACUCUGCUUAGAUGCUAUUGUCUGAGUAACUCCCCACACUUAGCUUUUUCGCUCUAUAAUCAACUCCAACAAGUUUAUUUUCACUCCUCUUUAUUACCAGCGUUCCCAUUUGAUACCUUUACUUAUACCUUUCUUAUAAAUGCCAGCACUAAUUCUUCUUGCCCAAGAAUAGGAAUUCAGUUUCAAAGUCUCAUAACGAAAGUGGGUUUUCGAUCUCAUGUUUAUGUACAUACUGCUCUUGUGAACAUGUACUUGGCUAGUGGGUUUUUAGGUAAUGCCCUUCUUGCAUUUGAUGAAAUGCCUGAGAAAAAUUCUGUUACUUGGAAUGUGAUGAUUACUGGUUUGGUUAAAUGGGGUAAGCUUGAAUUUGCACGUUCUUUCUUUGAUGAUAUGCCAGAGAAAAAUGUUGUAUCUUGGACUGGGAUUAUUGACGGGUAUGUAAGGAUGAACAGGAUUACCGAAGGUUUAGCUUUGUUUCGAAGAAUGGUUUCUUUUGAGGGUAUUGCACCAAGUGAGAUAACUAUACUUGCUAUUUUACCAGCCAUUUCCGGUAUAGGUGAGUUACAGAAUUGCGGGUUGAUCCAUUGUCUUGUGGAGAAAAGAGGAUUUAAUUCGUCUGAUAUACGUGUUACUAACUCAAUUAUAGACACUUAUGCAAAAUGUGGUUGCAUAGUGAGUGCAUCAAGAUUUUUUGAGGAGAUUUCGGUUGAGAGGAAGAAUUUGGUAUCUUGGACGUCAAUCAUUUCUGGGUUUGCAAUGCAUGGGAUGGGACAGGAAGCAGUGAAAAGUUUUGAGAAUAUGGAAAGAACAGGAUUGAAGCCCAAUCGAGUGACGUUCUUGAGUGUUUUGAAUGCCUGUAGUCAUGGAGGAUUGGUUGCAGAGGGGCAUGAAUUUUUUGAAAAGAUGGUGAAUCAGUAUAGCAUUUUGCCGGAUAUUAAGCAUUAUGGAUGUUUAGUAGAUAUGCUGGGCAGGACAGGGAGAUUAGAAGAAGCAGAGAAAUUGGCUUUGGGAAUUCCUAGUGAAAUUGUUAAUGCUGUGAUCUGGAGAACUCUUUUGGGUGCAUGUAGCUUUCAUGGUAAUAGCGAGAUAGGCGAAAGGGUGACAAGAAAGAUAAUGGAAAUGGAGAGAGGAUAUGGAGGGGAUUACGUGCUCAUGUAUAACAUAUUUGCUGGUGUUGGGAGGUUCGAGGAUGCUGAAAGGUUGAGAGUAUUGAUGGAUGAGAGAAAUGCCUUCAAAGUUCCUGGCCAUAGUUUGGUCUGACUAAUCACAAUGGUGUGUUAGAAGAGAUCUAGACCGAUAUUGUCCUGUCCUUUUCAAGAUCUGAUGUCAAGGAUAAAGCUAGCUGCACACGAGUUUCAUCAUUGCAGCGGUGCUUCUGGAUUACUUCUAAUGCUCUCGGAAACUACUACUUAUUUUUGAAGAGCCAUUUAGUGGCAUCUAAUUUGAAUGAUGCCAUGAAUGGAGAUGACUUACAUGAGAGUAUGACACAGGCACCUGAGGGUAACUGAUGAAGAUCCUUUAACUGUUCCAUGGCCAACAAUAGUUUCAAAUAUGUAACAAAUAUCUAUGGAUUGGCUAACUUCCCCUGAAUCUAUAAGCUAAAUUGACUUUA